UCAGGUGGAACCGAACGAAAAUAAGGCUAACGUGUCACCAAAUGCUAGUAACGCUUGUUCCAUCAUCGUCACAGAAUCUAAGAGCGCCCUCUUGUUCAUCAUGCACUUAUCAAUCUCAUCAAAUUUCCCGAACCAACAACAUGAACCCAAAGAAUUAAGCUGAAUAGUUUCUGGGUUUUUCAUUUCAUUCCAUAAAAUCAAAUGGGUCGUAGGCAGAGCGACUCAGAACUCGGCCGGUUUGCAUUUCUGGCCCUUUUCUUGAUGGGUGCAAUCUUCUGUUGCAUGGUGUAUCUUUUCCUGUCUAUGGUCUCAAACCCCAAUAGCAUAACUGUUGAUUCGGUUUCAGAGUUGGGUGAGAAUGGCCUUGAAGUUGCAUUGGGGAGUGAAGAAGAAGAUGGAGAAGAUGGAGAAUGUUGUGGAGGGAUUGAGCAUUUGGAGCUUUGGGGUGAUGCUGUGAAAUGGGGUUCUCAGUUUAAGGUCAAUUCUUCUGAAGAAUGCUGCAUGGCUUGUAAAGCUAUGUGUGGAGAUCAAGGUGGGCCUUGUUUGUGUGAUAGUUGGGUGUUUUGUGGGAACAGAGUGGCUUGUGGACUUAGAUUUGGUGAGUGUUGGUUAAAGAAACAAAAGGAUACCUUGGAGCCUGAUCGGAAAGACUCAGGUGAUCUAGUUAUGUGGACUUCUGGAUUCAUCUUUGGAGAAAGAGAGGGUAUAGUUGGUUUGGAAACAGAAUAUGGUGUUCUUCGCAUAAAGCUGUUUCCUGAUUGUGCCCCACAUUCUGUUGCCUAUAUUCUUGAGAUGUUGCAAGUACCUCAUUAUGCAGGUUGCCACUUUUAUCGUGCAGAAGACCGUGGAAGUUUUUGGGACUCACUAGGAAACCAUGUAGAAAAUGCUCCAUUUGGCCCGCCUUUCGCAUUAAUACAAGGAACACUUGAAGCGCAUGGGAUCAUAUUUAAGAAUAUUCCAACAGAGGUCUCUCAUGCUGUCAGAAGAGGAUCAGUUGCCUGGAUUGAUUCCGGCCCGGAAUUCUUCAUCAGCCUUGCGAACCAUUUUGAGUGGAAAAAAGCGUACACCGUGUUCGGUUCUGUUCUUCCGGAAGACAUGGAAAUUGCGGAGAAAAUUGCCCAGCUUCCAUCCAAACAGGAGGUCUGGAGUAGCAUUAACGUCUCUGUCUUGGAGAGACCCGUUGAUUUAUGGGUCCGAAGAAUCAAGUCGAACUCAUGACAUUGCAAAGUCAAGUAAGAACAUAAAUGCAGAUCCAAGUCGGCUAUAGUUAAAGACUUCUCUCCAAUGUACUCAGAUCAUGCUAAGUUUCAUGCUGCUUUCUCAGGCUAUUAAAAUACAAGGCAGCAAAGAAGAUCUAUUAUAAAAUACUACGGUAGUACGGCCAAGUGGUACAUCUUGUACACAUGUUAUAAUAUAAGUGGAUAUUUAUAGAUACUACACGUGUACAAGAUGUACCACGUGGCCAUACUACCUUAGUAUUCUAUAAUUUCUCAUAUAUGAAUUCCUCUUUACUAGGUAGAUUUGUUUCCUGUUAAAUUUGUAGAAAACAAAAAAUUCCCAUAAAUUGAUUCUAUAAUUUUGACGAUUA